UGGCCUUUUCGAUUACUCGACAAUAUACAAAUUAUUUAAUUUUUAUUUGCGCAAGAUUUAUUUUGUUGUUUAAUUUAAUUAACUCCGGAAGAAGUCCAAGAUCAAAUAGCCUUCACUCAAUAGUGAAAUCCAUAAAUUGUAAUCAAAGAUAACUACAAAUUGCUCCUUCACUACGUUUGCGAAAUUCAGUUCUGCGUUUUCUCCAGUUCGCACGGCGAAAUUCUAACUGCACUCUAGGGUUUAUUAAUUACUUCCAUCGUCUCCUCGAUCAAUCGCGGCUUUGUUUGUGAAGUAUUUACAAAAGAGGAAUCAUCAAUCAUGAAUUGCGAAGUUUGUCAGCUAAAAGAACUUGAUGUGGAGCACUUUGAGAUACGAGAAGUCCUCCGAUGUAUUUUACAUACAAUUAUGUUCCACAGAGCCUUAGGCCUGCUGCGGCCGAAGGAUGUUGAUUUGGAACUUUUUGACAUUACAUAUACACAGUGUGGUGAUGUGGAAGUUGAAAAGAAAAUUGAAGAGAAGAUUACCCUAUUCAUCGAUAGAGUCGAGAAGCACCCUAACAGGAAAAAUCAGAUUUGCCUAUCCUUCUGUGAAGUAAAAAACAAGCAGGCCUCGUGGUUCACUACCAAAGUUGAACGU